GCUCAUCCGUCAACAUGUUCACGUCGGGGUUAGUUUUGGGGAGGGUUUCCAUAUUUAUUAUUCUGCAUCUAUUCAGAUCAACGAAUUGCAACAAUUCUACACAUCACUGGAGAAUACCCCAGAAGUGUUGUCGCUCCGAUUGUUUCUUCGACGAACAUCUGACGUGUGUAAAACGGAUAACGGAUAAUAUAAUCAAUGAUUCUGAUAUUGCAACGAAGGCGCUGACGUUUCACUGUCGAAAUAAUGAAUCAUUGGUUGUCCACAAGGAAUACCAAAUUGGUUACGCAGAGUAUGUGACUUUGAAUGGAGAUAAUGAUUCGUGCAUCGAAGACACGCUCAGUGGAAAAACCGUAAUAGCCAAAUGUGUCAAUCAGGGUUCGUCAAUACUUGGAUUGUGCUCGGUUGUGUUCUGGGGCGCUCAGACGUACAUGUCAACGAAUCUCGCUCACAUGAUCUUGUGCACUGUCGUUGUUCUCGUCUACCUGUCUGUUCCAGAAUUGGGACGGGGUUUGUACAAUCGUGCGGUUGUCCGACACACCAUUUGCCUCCUGAUGCAAGGCGUCACACUGCAGGUUCUGGGUUAUUGUGAACUCAAGGCUUGUCCUAUUAAUGAUCACAUCAUGAUUUUGCUGUGGCUUGUUCUCCAGUAUUUCACCAUUGCCACCGUUUUCUGGCUCAAUGGAAUCUGCUUCGACAUGACACUCGCCAUAAUAAAAUUUCGAUGGAUAGCCCAAACUUCCCAUAAAACCAGUGAAGUUGAGUCACGUAAACUACUCAUGUACAGUAUUUUUGCCUGGGGUGGACCAUUUUUGCCGACACUUCUCGCUGCCCUCUGUGACUAUAUUCCUUACGUGCGCAGUGACUUUGUCUUGAAGCCCAAUUACUUGAAUUACAGCAAAGGACCGAGUGUAGUUGUUAAUUUAUACUUUUUUCUGCUACCGGCAUUCGUUCUCCUGUUGAAUAAUAUUCUGUUUGUGCUGACGACUUACAAAAUCAUCAAAAUACAGCGGAGCACCGAAAUUGCAACGCGCAAUCAGAGCAAUGUACUGACGAAAAAAUAUUUUCUGUUCCUGAGACUUUAUCUCUUGAUGGGAGCGCCCUGGUUUUUUGGAAUGGCACUGGCCUGCUUUAACAUUCUCAUCGUGCUAAAGAUAUGCAGAAUGAUUCAACCACUCCUCUGGCUACUGAUGCUAACUACUCACAAGGAUAUCCUCAAAAGAGUAAAACGACUCGUUGCAAAAUGCAAACAUCGUAGAAAAGAAGAAAAUUCCACUGCAUCACCGUCUACUGUAAGUUCACACGAUUGACCAAAGAAAAAUUAUGAUCCAUUCAUUCUCAUAAUAAUUAUAAUAACCAUCGAUUUCAAUUAAUUAAUUAACAUACUCAGGUAUUUGAACCGAUGUCCGCCAGAUGAAAUUUAUAAUUUAAUUGUAUUUUUUAUUUUUUUGUAAUACCAUAAUGGAAAUCACCCCGGAUUUCGAAAUGUGGCAAGAAAUCGGGGAGAGAAAGUGCAUCUUCAAUGAAGUGAAAAUUGACAAUAAGAUUUAUGAUUUAUGUAUGACUGACCAUCUGCAUUCACGUGUAAUUUACUAUUCUCUGUGUCAAGUUGGGAGUUACCGUGAUUUCAUUCUCAUUCGCGGGAAUCCCCGAUGCACGCGAGUGGAAAAUCACGAGAAUAAGCAUUUCAUUGUCCUCGCAUAUCACAUUAUUUUCCAUCAAUUCACAGCUGACCGUUCAAUGUCUAAAAAUAUUUGUAAAUUUGAAAUAUAGUUUGUACUCAAUGUAUUCAUUUGAUUGUUUAAAAUGAAUGGAAAUAAAUUGACAAUAGGAGUAUUGAAGAAUAUUGAAUAAUA